UCUGCCAUGAUGCUUCUUCCCUGCUUACUUCUCAUCCUUUCAGCCUGUGUUUCUGCAACACAGUACAGAAUCCCAAGGCUUAGUCCAACCGACAGAGAUUCUGAAGCUCUGUCCUCGCCUCUUUCGGAUGAUUUCAAGACAUUUUAUUACAACCAAACGUUAGAUCACUUCAAUUAUAGGCCUGAAAGCUACACGACGUUCGCUCAUAGAUAUAUAAUCAACUUUAAGUAUUGGGGCGGCGCAAAUUCCAGCGCUCCCAUUCUUGCCUACUUGGGAGCUGAAGGUCCACUGGAUAAUGAUUUGAACGUUGUAGGAUUCUCGACUGAUAAUGCUGCUCAGUUUGGGGCUCUUCUUGUUUAUAUUGAGCAUCGUUAUUAUGGGAAAUCGAUACCCUUUGGAUCAAGGGAGGUAGCAUUGAAGAAUGCAAGCACUUUAGGCUAUUUCAACUCUGCUCAAGCAAUAGCAGAUUAUGCGGAUGUUCUUAUACAUGUUAAAAAGGAGUUGCAUGCUAAAGAUUCUCCUGUGAUUGUUCUUGGUGGAUCAUAUGGUGGAAUGUUGGCUGCAUGGUUUCGUCUGAAAUAUCCUCAUGUCGCCCUUGGAGCUCUUGCUUCUUCAGCUCCAAUCCUUUACUUCGACAAUAUCACGCCACAUGAUGCAUACUAUUCCAUUGCCACUAAGGAUUUUAGAGACGUUAGUGAGAGUUGCUAUGAAACCAUUCGGGAUUCCUGGUCCAAGAUUGAAACAAUUGCUUCCAAGCCUGAUGGCCUUUCCAUUCUUAGCAAAGAGUUCAAAAGUUGCAGAUGCAGUGAAAUGGUGAUGCCAUUAAGCACAGGCAAUGAUACUAUGUUUCCAGCAUACAAUUUUGAGCUUGGAAGCUUCAUAGAUUACUGCAAUGAGUUAUACCGUGUGUCUCCAAGGCCUCACUGGGUCACCACCUAUUAUGGAGGCCAUGACAUAAAACUCAUCCUUAAGAGAUUUGGCAGCAACAUCAUUUUCUCCAAUGGACUAAGGGACCCUUAUAGCAGCGGCGGAGUGUUGCAUAACUUAUCUGACAGUCUCCUUGCACUCCAUACGCCUAAUGGAUCUCAUUGUUUGGACAUUUUACGAGCAAAUGAAACGGAUCCACAGUGGUUGGUGGAACAAAGAGAGACAGAGGUUAACAUCAUUAAAGGAUGGAUCAGUAAGUACUAUGCUGAUCUUGGCAGUCCAAACAAUAUAUAAACAACAAAUAAUGAUGAUGAAACACUAUAAACAGGAUACGAAAAUCAUACUGACAUGUA